AUGUCGGAAAUAAAAGAAUGGUUCCUUUCAAUGCCGCCCAUCACACGGGCUUGGUUUGGCCUCUCGGUGGCCUUUCCCCUCAUCGGUCGCCUUGGCAUUUUAAACGCAUACUAUAUGAUUUUAACGUCGGAUUUUAUCACAAAGCUACACUUAUGGCGUCCUCUGUCUGCAACCUUCUACUAUCCACUCACACCUGGGACCGGAUUUCACUACCUGAUCAACCUGUACUUCCUUUACAACUACUCGAAAAAUCUAGAAACAAAUGAAUUUACAGGUAGACCAGCCGAUUAUUUAUUUAUGCUCAUGUUCAAUUGGGCCGCUCUUGUGUUAAUGGGCAUAUUCAUGAACCUCUACCUCCUGAUGGAUCCACUCAUUUUGAGCGUGCUCUACGUUUGGUGUAACCUGAAUCCAGAGCUAAUUGUUAGCUUCUGGUUUGGAACGCGAUUUAAGGCCCGCUAUUUGCCGUGGGUUCUUUGUGGCUUCAAUCUGUUGCUUGGUUCUGGGGGCUUCAAUGAAAUUCUUGGAAUUAUUGUUGGUCAUUUGUACUUUUACGUCAAGUACAAGUACCCUCAGGACAAUGGUGGCGCUCAGUUGAUCAAUACGCCCAAUUUUCUGUAUGGCUAUCUUCCCAGCUUUACCCCAAUGCGGAGUACUGGUUCAACGCUUAACUCAUUUCAGACUGCAUCUUCAGUUCGAAAUCGCCGAAAUCCAGGCCCUGAUCCGGCGCCUGCAUCGUCGGGUGGCUACAACUGGGGCCGUGGACAAGUUUUGGGUGGACGUUAA